CGUUCCGGUCAACCCGGAAGUGCGUGGCUUUAAAGCAAUGGCGGAGUCCAGGGAGAAAUCCGCUCUCGCGUCGUGUUUUUGUAUUUCUCUACACUGUUCUGUUACUGUGGUGCUCCUGCUGCUGUCCGCUGUUCUGACCCCUGGGUCCGGGGAUCUGGGAUCCGAAAGCGACGCGUUUCGGGCCGGAAGCUCCGGUUUAUCGGCGGCGGCGGCGGCAGCGCGAGACGUGCGCUACCUGCUGUACGACGUCAACCCUCCUGAGGGCUUUAACCUGCGGCGGGAUGUGUACAUCCGCAUGGCGUCCCUGCUGAAGACCCUGAGGCAGCGGGGCGACUGGGUGCUGGUUCUGCCCCCAUGGGGUCGCCUGUACCACUGGCAGAGUCCCGACGUGCACCAGGUCAAGAUCCCCUGGACCGAGUUCUUCAGCCUCAGCAGCCUGCAGGCCAACGUUCCUGUCAUCGAGUACCAGGAGUUCAUGGCAGAGUCGGGUGGACCCUUCAUUGAUCAGGUAUUGGUGCUGCAGAACUACGCUGAAGGCUGGAAAGAGGGAACAUGGGAGGAGAAGGUGGACGAGCGACCCUGCAUCGAUCGCCUCAUGUACAAUAAAGACAAGCAAGGAUAUUACAGAGGCUGGUUCUGGGGUUAUGAGGAGACUCGAGCUCUCAGGGUCACAUGUCUGUCUGCUCAGGGACACGCCUCAGUUCUGGCACCGUACCUGCGGGACAACGUCACGGCCACCUCAGUGAUGUUAGACCGAGCCGAAACCGUCCUCCAUGAUCACUAUGCAGGAAAAGAUUACUGGAACACCCGGCGCAGUAUGGUGUUUGCCAAACACCUGCGUGUCCUUGGAGACCAAUUCAGAGCACAAUACCUCAACUCCACUGAUGAGCAGGAUCACACACCUUACAGCGAGGACUGGACACGCAUGAGGGCCAAGUUGGGCAGUGCUAAAGGAGGCCCGUACCUGGGCGUGCACCUGCGCAGGAAGGACUUUAUCUGGGGUCACCGUGAGGACGUACCGAGCCUGAAAGGGGCCGUGAAGAAAAUCCGCAGCCUCAUGAAGAAACACAAGCUGGAGAAAGUAUUUAUAGCCACAGACGCUGAUGAUGAAGAGGUGUUGAAGCUGAAGAAGUUGCUCCCUGAGAUGGUUCGCUAUGAGCCGAGUCGCACUGAUCUGGAGCUGCUGAAGGACGGAGGAGUCGCCAUCAUAGACCAGUGGAUCUGUGCACACGCCCGGUACUUCAUCGGGACCUCUGUGUCCACCUUCUCCUUCCGCAUCCACGAGGAGCGAGAGAUUCUGGGCUUCGACCCGAAAACCACCUACAACCGUUUCUGCGGAGACGAGGAGACAGCGUGCGAACAGCCGACACACUGGAAAAUAGUUUACUGACCCUGCUGCGUCUCGCCCAACUCAGGACUGCAGAGGGCAGGAAGCAGCGCUGCCUCUACACAUGCGACCGGACAGUGUUUUUGUUUUUACCGAAAAAGUGUUGAUCCAAAAGUAUUGGCACCCUUCACACAUGGACACAUCACUGACUUGAGAUGGACACAUCACUGACACAAGAUCUUUUUUCUCAGAUUUCCAAUUUUUGUGUGUUUUUUUUCUUCUUCAGAAUGGUGUUUUCUAAAAUUAUUGGCAACCUCCCUAAAGACCCCCCCCCCAUUUCCUAUGAGUAAUAUGGUCCACUUCAAUUUUCUUUUUGUUUCGAGGUUUUUUAAAAAUGGACAUCAGGCACUGUUUUUUAUAUAUAUAUAUAUACACACACACACACACACACUACCAGUCAAGAGUUUGGACACACCUUCUAAUUCCAUGGUCUUUCCUGAUGUUUAUUUCUUUCUACAUUGUAAAACAAUGCUGAAGGCGGCCGAAAUCCACAAUAAUGUCGUUUGAGCAGUUGAUAUUGAGAUAUGUCUGCUACUGAUGCUCUGUAAAGUCUUCAUAACGCCUCUAAUCUGAGGUGCUGUUAAUUGGUGAUUUUCUGAGGCUGGUAACUCUAAAUGAACUUCUCCUCUGCAGCAGAGGUCAGUUUUGGUCUUGCUUUACUGGGAUGGUCUUCAUGUGAGACAGUUUCAUCAUGGUGCUUGAUGGGUUUUGCAAAUGCACUUGACAAUACUGUUCUUGCAAGAACUAUUCCAGAACACCUGACCUUCGUGUCUUAAAAUAACAACUGACUGUUUUUUGUUGUCGUUACAUAUGGAUUACUGAAGUCCAUGUGUGUUAUUUCAUAGUUUUGAAACAAAACUAUGAAACAUUGAAACUAAACAAAAAACAUUGAAUUAAAAGGUGUGUCCAAACUUUUGACUGGUAGUGUGUAUGUGUGUAUGUGUGUGUAUAUAUAUAUAUAUAUAUAUAUAUAUACACACACACUACCAGUCAAAAGUUUGGACACACCAGUUUUUAAAAAGAAAUAUCCGGUUUCUUCCACACUCAUCCUCAAACGUCAUUUUUUUCCCUUAUGAAAGCGGUGAAUAUUGAGAAUUAUAAUCAUCAUGAAAACGAGUGUAAUUAGAAUUCUUUCUUCUUUCCUCACUCAUUCACUCAUGUUUUUCUCCUCUCUCUGCAUUUCCUCAUCUUUACUUUCUUUUUUCUUUUCUUCUUUUGCUCUUUUUUUCCACUUUUUUUGAAUUGCCUGAUCAGUUGCAUUUCCUAUGGUGGAUGGAUGGGAAAAAAGGAAGAAAGGAAUGAAGGAAGGAAGGAAUGGAAGAAUAAAAGAAGGAAGGAAGGAAUGAAAGAAUGAAGGAAGGAAAGAAGGGAUGAAGGGAUGAAGGAAGGAAAAAUGUGAAGUCCCUAGAAAAACAGACUGGUGUUCAACCACUGACCAUUCAUUUACGACAUUCCUGCAAAUUAAUGAGCCAUGAGUUGCACAUCGUUUGGAAAAUCCGGCGUUUAUGUGAUCCUCAUGAGCGGUCAGUUUUACAGCAGUGAAAACAACAGCUUCCUGCUUCCCUGAAGGACAUACAGCAUCAUGACGGCUUCCUUUACAGACAGAACGUUAAAAGGCCGUGACACACGUCUCCCAGACAUGAAGAUGAAGAAACUCUUGAAGUGUUUUCAAUUUCCAGCGGUUUGUUGGAGUUGCGUCUGAGGCUGAGAUCUUUAUAAUGAUCGCAAACGUACGGUCAGAUCAAAAAUAUAAAGAUUUGUAAAAAAUUUUAUCAGCGGUAUCUACACCAAUCAGGCAUAACAUUAUUACCACCUGCGUAAUAUUGUGUUGGUCCCCCUUCUGCUGCCAAAACAGCCCUGACCCCUCGAGGCAUGGACUCCACUAGAUCCCUAAAGGCUGAGUGUGCUGUGGUAUCUGGCACCAAGAUGUUAGCAGCAGAUACUUUAAGUCCUGUAAGUUGCAAGGAUUAAAGGAUAUUUAAAGGAUACUUUUGAUAGAUACUGACCACUGCAGACCGGGAACACUCCACAAGAGCUGCAGUUUUGGAGAUGUUCUGAUCCAGUGGUCUAGCCAUCACAAUUUGGCCCUUCAUCAAACUCGCUCAAAUCCUUACACUUGUCCAUUUUUCCUGCUUCUAACAUCAACUUUGAGGACAAAAUGUUCACCUGCUGCCUAAUAUAUCCCACCCACUAACAGGUGCCAUGAUGAGGAGAUCAUCAGUGUUAUUCAUGGCACCACUCAGUGGUGAUAAUGUUAUGCCUGAUCAGUGUGUGUCUGUGUGUGUGUGUGUAUGUAUAUAUAUAUAUAUAUAUAUAAUAUAGCUGUUGGAUAUCCUGGAGCGGAUCCACCUCAGGAACGGUUCUUAUUUGUAAGGAUGGGGUCUAUUUCUUGUCAAGUUCAAAACCAUGACCUGUAAUAUUUAACGUUAGAAGAUGUUAAAGUGUAUCGGCUGGACCUGGUAAAUAACGCGAAGUUCCUAAUGUUUUACUGAGAGCUUUAGCGCUUUAGCCUUCACACCACACACUCAGCGUAUCACAUUAACACACUCUGUGUGAUCAGUUCUCUUUGCCUGCAGACAUGACCUGGAAAAGCAUUACUGUCUCUCAGCACAGUGUGCCUUAUAUUCCACUAUACACUCCACUAUACACACCACUAUACACUCCACUACACACACCACUACACACACCACUAUACACUCCACUACACACACCACUACACACACCACUAUACACUCCA